CUUCGUCACGGAUCGAGGCAAGUUUGUGUGCACAAUUGGGCUUGCAAAUUGCUAAUCUCGCACUGACUUUGCCUCUCAGCUCCCAGCUGGGCAUGGUUACCUUGAGAGCUGUGGUAUCAGCACUGUCAGAGCAUGCUCCGGUGGGGAGAUCGGGUGUGUUCUAUUUUUAAUACUAUUUAAUGAAGAUGCUUCUCACUCUGCAAUAUACGAAGCAUAAUGGAAGAGCAGAGCGAUGAUUGGUUAUGGAUACUGGAAAAGGAAAAAUGCAAAGGUUGACUAUGGUGCGUCGAGCUCUGCGAAGGACCAGCAUGGAGAUUGGCACUCUGGACUGCUAAUGGGGACAUGGGACUCACGUUGCCGUUGAUCAUUUGUGUGGACUUAACCAGCAAAGACCAACAGAAGACUCUGGAAAGGCAGUUGGAAUUAUAGCAGUUUUUCAGGUCACCAAAUCUUGUUAUUUUAAUUUCUGUCUGGAAGAAUGUCUGAGCAAGGUAAAUUGAACCAAGAGACAGCAGAAGAAGCUGCAAAAGAGCAGGAGACUGCCAUCUCUGAAGCCAACCCGGACAACUGUGUUCUCAAUAAAUCUGAAAGUUCAGAAAUAGAGGAGGAGAAGCUCAGUGAUUCCAAGACAGAGUUGCAGGUGUUACUGCCAACAAAAAGUUGUAAUGCAAAGCCUAAGAAGAAACGAGGAGCAAAUCAGAAAAAGAGAUCCAAGUCAGGAGCUAAGGGAAAACUCGUGCGGAGUCUUGCUGUGUGUGAAGAGUCAACCCCUCGCCCGGGAGCAGAAAAUCUUCAUGACAACCAGGAAUCAAUCCAACUGCAGCUUUCAAGUUUUCCUAGCUUGCAAGAAGAAGAUAAAUCUAGUAAAGAUGACUCCGAGAAAGAAAAAGAGAAGGAUAAAAAUAAAGAUAAAAACAGUGAAAAAAGCAAGAUCAGAAUGUUAUCAAAAGAUUGCAGUCAAGAGUAUACAGACUCAACAGGCAUAGAUUUGCAUGAGUUUCUCAUUAACACAUUAAAGAAUAACCCCAGGGACAGAAUGAUCCUCUUGAAAAUGGAACAGGAAAUUAUUGAUUUUAUUAGUGACAACAAUAAUCACUAUAAAAAGUUCCCUCAGAUGUCGUCCUAUCAGAGGAUGCUAGUGCACAGAGUGGCAGCUUACUUUGGAAUGGAUCACAAUGUGGAUCAGACUGGAAAAUCUGUGAUUAUCAACAAGACCAGCAAUACAAGAAUACCAGAGCAAAGGUUUUCUGAACAUUUAAAAGAUGAAAAAGGUGAAGAAUCCCAGAAGCGAUUUAUCUUGAAGCGAGAUAACUCUAGUAUUGAUAAAGAAGACAAUCAGCAAAACAGAAUUCUUCCAUUUAGAGAUGACAGACGAAGUAAAUCAAUUGAAGAGAGAGAAGAGGAGUAUCAGAGAGUGAGGGAGAGAAUAUUUGCACAAGAUUCAGUUUGCUCCCAGGAAAACCUUUUUGUGGAAAACAGUAGGCUGUUGGAAGACAGUAGCAUAUGCAAUGAUAUGCAUAAGAAGAGACAGCUGUUUAGGGGCAACAGAGACAGCAUUGGGAAGACAUCUGGCAGUCGACAGAGCAGUACAGAGAACGAAUUGAAGUGGGCAGACCACCAGAGGCCAUGGAGCAGCACAGACUCGGACAGCUCAAACCGAAAUUUGAAGCCAGCCAUAACAAAGACAGCCAGUUUUGGUGGGAUAACCGUCCUGACAAGGGGAGAUAGCUCAUCAAGCAACAGAAGUACCGGCAAACUGUCUAAAACAGGUAGCUCAGAGUCUUCCAGCAGUGCUGGCUCCUCAGGAUCCCUGUCACGAAUACAUCAGCCUCUCCAAAGUGCAUCUCUCGUCCCUGGGGUGACAGCCAAUUCUUCAGGCAGCGUGUCCUACCCUGAGAACGGGAUGAGUGGCCAGGUGGCCCCCAGCAACACCAGCUAUAUCAUUCUUCCACUUGAAGCUGCAGGGAUCCCUCCUGGCAGUAUCCUUCUUAACCCUCACACAGGUCAACCGUUUGUAAAUCCUGAUGGGACGCCGGCAAUAUACAAUCCUCCCAGUGGCCAGCAGACAAUGAGGAGCCAGGUGGUGGGACAGUCUCAGCAGCAGCCUUCACCCCAGCAGCCUCAGCAGGUUCAACAGCCACAGCAGCAAAUGGCAAGUCACCUUGUCACACAGCCUGUUCAGACAAUGCAGCCAUCUUCUCAGUCAGUCCAAUAUCCAGCAGUUUCUUAUCCUCCCCAGCAUCUCCUGCCAGUCUCUCCAACACAGCAGUUUUCUGUGCGCGAUGACAUGACCGCGCAGUUUGGCCAGAUGAGCUUGAGCCGUCAGUCGUCGGGAGACAACCCCGAGUCGCCCUCCGGCCCCGUGUACCCCUCGCCCAUGCUGCAGCAGCCUGCCCAGCAGACGGGCUACAUCAUGGCCUCCCCGAGCCAGCAGCUUCCCCCCGGCGGCUUCACGGGAUCAGGAGCUCCGGUGUCCCAGCAGGUGCUGCAGCCGCCGCCCCAGGGCUUCGUGCAGCAGCCACCGCCACCUGCUCAGAUGCCAGUGUAUUAUUACCCAUCUGGUCAGUACCCUACCUCAACAACUCAGCAGUACAGACCCAUUGCCUCAGUUCAGUACAACGCACAGCGGAGUCAACAGAUCCCCCAGACUGCCCAGCAAGCAGGUUACCAGCCUGUCCUGCCGAACCAGCAGCAGGGGUUCCAGGGUCUCAUGGGAAUGCAGCAGCCGCCCCAAAGCCAGAACCUGAUGAAUAAUCAACAGGGGAAUCAGGUGCAAGGCAUGAUGGUGCAGUAUCCAGCCAUGUCGUCUUAUCAGGUGCCAAUGACCCAGGGUUCUCAAGGAUUGCCGCAACAAUCAUAUCAACAACCACUCAUGCUACCUAAUCAAUCAGGUCAAGGAACACUUACAGCCACUGGAAUGCCUGUCUACUGUAAUGUCAUACCUCCUGCCCCACAGAACAACCUCCGGUUGAUUGCCCCACACUGCCCCUCCAAUAACGUUCCAGUUAUUUCUGCCAGCUGCAGGACAAACUGUGCAAGCAUCAACAAUGCAGGGUGGCAGGUCAAGUACUGACACUGUGGCUUAGAUUUAUGAGGAUAGAGGUGCAUUAUUUGACAAAUAAAUCAUGGCCUUCAAAUGAAGAGGAACACAACAGAAUAAUCAGUUGAGGACACGAGUACUGACAAUGCUCAAGUGAUUUGCUGCUGGAAAAACCUGUAAAAAAAAAAAAGAAAAGUAAAAUAAAUUUUGAAAAAAAAUGUUUGCUGGUUAAUGGUGCAUAUUUUUGUCAUGUCUGCUAGGUAUGCCUUUAUAGCUUAGCUAGUGACAUGAAUUCAUUGAGGUAAGAUUUUUUCCUACCACUGAACACCACUGUGUAGAUUGUAAUAUCCCCGAUUCGGAUUAGUUUUGUACUUUGUGUUGAGUUUGUGAAGCUAAAAGUAUUUAAAAAUAUAAUAAAAUCACAUUGUACCAAAGCUGUAAUGGAAAUGAAAAAAAAUUGAAAACAAAAAGAGAAUUACUGAAUGGAAGGAAUAAUUUAUAUACACUAUAGAGUUUUUUUAUGGAUAUAUACUGUAUUGUAGUGCUUAAUCACAAUAAAGCUAUUUGACCUCAUGAAGGAAGGUCAUGUUUCUA